AACUCAGUGAUGCCAGACCAGCCAGAUAUUCUCAAAUAAGUCGGUCAAAUACCAAGAUUCCGACGUAACGUAGGUAACGACUAAAUCACAAACAAUUUCAAAAUUUUCCAAAUUUAGUAAGAUUCAAAUUCAUAAUAUAAGUAACUUGUUAGUGUUUAUUGGUUAUUGGGUUAUAAGCUCGCCCAUGUUUUCGUCUAUGGUCGUUUUCGACUGUUUGGAAACAAGGACACGCUAGGUGACAGGUCAACAAGAAUAUGGCGGCAGAGGCGCUUGUUGGAAAAACGUGUUCGAUGUCAUUCGCUCUAAGCGCAUAACAACGCGUGAUAGAAAGUCUGAAGUCUACACAUUUCGAAGAAGACAUGAAUGGCAACAGGUACAGGAACAACAAUCGUUUUGCUCGGCCUCCCAAUAAUAACGCACGUUGGCGGAGUGACCAAUCAUUCUCUUGUUUUGGAUAUCGACGACACGAGUUGAAUGAAGGCUCUCCACCGAACGUUGGCAGGAAUGAAGCUCUCGUCCGUCGUUCCCCAAUGCCUGGCACCGUCGACAGACAGGAGACGAACUUGGUCGGUAAUUCCCGCGGUCACUCCCAACGCGGACGCGUCAGUAAUGAAGCGUUUCGUCCGACGCGCUUUCAAGAGAAUCGACUCGGGUCCCUGUACGAUGAGCAACGCGCGGAACGCGAGAUGCAACACGAAGACGCGAUGUCUGAGGCGAUGAAAGCUGCAUUCGACACGGAUUUCCGUCUUCAGUCUCCAGUCAAAGCGCAGGAGCAAUGGCGAUCUCAGCCCAAAAUUUCUUACGGAAACCUAGCGGAAGCGCCGGAGGUGCCAAAGCGCCUCCCGCCAAUACUAAAGAACUCUCACAACCCGUGGCAAGAGGAUAAUCGUUUUCGCCCAAUUGAAAGCCAGCGUAACUCCGCGCAAGCCAGAAACCAAGAGCACAGCUGCAACUCUUUGGCGCAAAAUGGCCAGCACGAGCCGAACACAUUCCGAGACGCCAGCAUGCCAAAGGUUCCUUGGAACCACGCACCCGAAAUGCGCCCGGGCCCUGGUUUCAUUGAAGCGCCAGAAAACAAACAAGGGCAACAGAGAGAUUGGCAUCCUUCGUCCGAAUGCUUCGACCAGUCUAAUAGCAGAGGCUAUUUUGAAAAGCUGAAGCACCAGGAAUACCACAAAAACCUGUUCGGGAACCGUGAAGCAUUACUGAACAACCUUCAUGCGAAGCCUCUGUGGAGCGCGGAGGGCAACCAGAACUCCUCGUUUGUAAAUUGCAGGGAGGAGCUGUCAUUCUCCACAUUUGGCGGUGCAAACAGUCGGGGUAACAACUUCCAGACCCAGGAGAAUCGCACAGCAGUCAGCAACAACUUUCAGGGUACCUGGAGGGACAAGAGUGAAGGGAACGGUAACAUGAGGGGCAACUUCCGCAAGCCUGGGACAGAAAACCGCCGGGGAAACAGAGGCCGUCCUUGCUUACAAAGCGUGGAAAGCUCGAGGAAGGUGGAAAGUAAGCCCUAUGCUCGUAACUGGAGCGGCCAUCCCCCAAGUAAUCCUCCAGCACCUUCAAUUCCAAAAGAGCAACAACAGUGGGAGGGUGCCAGCAAUCCAAAGGCACAGAAGUCACAGGAGCAGCGGCCGCUCGACGCUCGAGCCAUUCUUGAGAGGAAGCGAAAGUGUGCCGCCGAGGAGGAGACCCCAAAUCCGCAACCCCCGGUCGAAAACGACUUCGAGGGUGAGGAAAGCUCGGUGCGGCCUGCUUUGCCUCAGCUGCACCUGGGCAGAUUCAGCGAGCACUUGGACCAGAAAACAAUAAGGGUACAGAACACAGACAGUCCCCGGAACAAGAACACCCAACGUUGGAUUGAAAGCCACUUCUCCGAGGAUGAUCCGUUAGAGGCAGCCGUACCUGAGGUACACGAAGUGGACGAGUCUAAGCUGCUGCCUGCUGACGUGCCUUUGGAUCAACUGCUGCAUGUUGUCUUCCUGGAUAUCGACAAGAGGAGUUUCUUCGACGAAGUGAAGCAAGCCUUCUUGCCGGGCACCCUCGUGUACCUGUUCUUUGGUGACCCAUCCGUGUUGCUGCCCACCAGGGAACAUCCUUUCUACAAAGAGAACAAGAACAACUGGAUCUACUUCUACCCGGACUGCAGCACCGAGUACGGCUCAUACCUCGUGGCUGCACCCGCAGUGAUUGGCUGGAUGGACCAACAGCUACCCCAGAAAGUGAGGUUCCUCGUCCAUGGCCACCAAAAGCAGCUAAAGUUGGAAGGCCUGCAGAGGAAAGUGACCUUCUACCCCACAUCCAGAACUAUAGACGUACACCUUCUCAACAGGAUGCUCAACGGAGACUUCGAGCCCGCACAGGCGGCCAGGACAGGCGUGCCAGCUGGGAAGACGGUGGUGAUCAGGAAGAACCCCAGGCCCCUGCUCCCAUCCCCUCCCAGUACGACCUUUGUGGGACACUGUUCAAAACAGAAAAGCCCGCCAGCGCAGCCGAGCCCGAGGCAGAAAAUUCGACCAGUGAUGGCCCCAUCGAGCACCACAAACCCACCCAAACGUACCCCCAUCGUCCCGCCCAGGCAGCCCACCAAACCAGACGCACCGCCACAGAGGAAAAAGAUUGUCUGGUAACUGUUCCCCCUCCCCCCCAUCUCUGCAGAGGCAUCACAAGUCAUACAAGCGAAACAUUGCCUCACACGUCCUUUCUCAUAUUGGACUGCUCAAGCCGAGCAGUUUGCAAUCGUGUGUACAGUUUCCUUUGCUUUAUUAAAAACAAGUUGUCGCCUUUUUAAUUUUUUUUUUUUUUUUUUCAUUAUGGUGUUGAAACUGUUAUAAGAGUUGAGAGUUCAUAUACUAUACGGCAUUUUGUGUUUUUACGAUCCUAGAUUAAAUUGAAUAUUGGUUUCGAAGGGUUGUUUUCAAAAUAGCAACACGAAGACUGGUUGCUGGGCUAAACUGACCCGAGUUCAUUGUUUGCAGUGUAAGCGAAUUUCUUACUUUUUGUAAAUUGUUCAUUAUAUAGCAUGUUGCUAGUGUUAUGAGAGUUGUUAAUAAAAAAAAAACAUGUU